GGGGCUGGCGAUCGGGGCUCCGCUCCCCGCGCUGCCAGUUCGCGGCCGGCCGGAGGGGCGCGGGGAAGCGCGGGCAUAAGAGGCGCAGCCGGCGGCCGCAGACCCGCGCCCUCACUCGCCCCGCGCUCCGGCUCCCGCGCCGCAGGUGGCCGUGGGCAGGUGUGGCCGGGCGGGGCGCGGGCUGCUGCGGGCUCCUUGGUCCCGCCGGCCGGGAAGUUGCGGAGCGGGGCUGGAGCCAGGGGCACAAGGGGAUCCCCGGGUCCGCGCCAGCCGCUGACCACUGCUGACCUACGGUUUCUCCCCGCUGACCCCCGGACUCUACCCGCCGGCCCCUCCUGCGCGAUGCACGGCCCGGGGCGCCCGCUGCUGCUCGCGCUGCUGCUGGUGCUGGGGGCUGCGGGGCGCGGCGCGGAGCCUCCCGGGGCGGCCGAGCGACACUCGCUGCUGCGGCUGCUGGCCGAGGUCGUGCUGGAACUGAAGCGCUUCCAGGCGGGCGAGGCGGAGCGGCCGCCUCUGCCCGGAGCCCCAGAGGACGCUCCGGAGCCCGACGAGCAGCGCGUGGAAAUUGUUCCUCGUGAUCUAAGGAUGAAGGACAAAUUUCUAAAACACCUCACAGGACCCCUGUACUUCGGCCCCAAGUGCAGCAAGCACUUCCACAGGCUCUACCACAACACCCGAGACUGCACCAUCCCCGCAUACUACAAGAGGUGUGCCCGGCUCCUCACGAGGCUGGCUGUCAGCCCCAUGUGCAUGGAGGGGUGAGAGCUAAGGUGAAAAGUCUUCUCAGAACUGCUGAAACUCAACAACUAUGGAUAUGAGAGCUCAUGGAACUUAUGGUGAUAUCACUCCUGUGUAGCAGGCAGGCAGCAGCCUGGAACUGAAUUCCUCUCCACUGUAGACUACAAACCAUUUCACAACACAAAGACAUGCACUCUGAGAUUUCUGACCUCUAGAGCACGUAACACAGCUUGUAGACCCUGUAGAACUGCUCACAGGAAGUGGCAAGGUUCUGAGCUGAUGUGUUUUUCAGAGGUGCCUGUGGCAGGAGCCGCCCCCAACGAACAUUGAGAAGUGCCUUGGAGACCACAGGGAGCAGUCUGCUACAAGAUGGACAGUCCCUGCUGAACAAGAGAUUUAUUUUUGCAGACUCUUCCAUAAUUCCUUUGACUUGAGUUUUAUACACUGUGGACACUGUUUGCAGUAUCUGUUCAGUGAGCCAGCUGCCCAACCUAGCACUUGUAACUGGAAAAGCUGAGAAUGCUCCACAUUUUGUGCAGUGCUCUAUAACAUGAGACAGCUCACGUCCCAACUAGGCAAAAUCAUAGAUAUUUCUUUAGAAACAUAUGCAGAAUCAAACUAUAUUUUCAUAUACUAUAUGGUAUGAUCUGAUAUUUUUAUUACUUUAGGUUCCCAGAAUAUUACUUAGAACUGCAUGGAAAAAACAUUUCAGUGGUGUUUCAGAGACAGCAAAGUGUGAAUCUGUGAACAUACCCUGGCUAAUUUCAUUGCUCCUUUGUAUGAUAAAUGUAAAAAAGUAUUCAGGUAUUGUGCAAUAUGUAAAUACUGUAAAUAAACACAAUAAAUGAAUUGUUUGUUAUAACAAA